GUGCCCACUGCGCAUGCUCGAGAAGCUCUGUGCUUUUUCCACAGUCUCUGGUCAUCUCCUGUACUGUCUACAGUCUCUGGUCAUCUGUACUAUGUCCGCAGUCUCUGGUCAUCUCCUGUACUGUCCGCAGUCUCUGGUCAUCUCCCUGUACUAUGUCCGCAGUCUCUGGUCAUCCCCUGUACUGUGUCCGCAGUCUCCGGUCAUCCCCUGUACUGUGUCCGCAGUCUCCGGUCAUCCCCUGUACUGUGUCCGCAGUCUCCGGUCAUCCCUGUACUAUGUCCGCAGUCUCUGGUCAUCCCCCUGUACUGUGUCUGCAGUC